AUGUCUCACAUCAUCGGUGCUCACACUGUCAGCCAUCGCUUGCGAUCGUGGCACGAUUUUACGGAAAGCCGAUGCAUCGAGACGUGGCCGACGCCCCGCUUCUGGCACUCCCGUAGGAAACAAUGUGUUACCAGUAAUACAUAUAAACAAUUGUAUUACUCGAUGGUUACGAUCGCACUGUUCUUCAUACCGGUGCUCGUUAUGGCAGUGAAGAUGGUAUGUCUGGUGCUGUUAGUGUUUGUCAUAUCCUGGAUGCCUCUCCAGAUAAUUGUCCUCUACUCUCAAUUUGGUCAUUCAUCCCACGACUCGGGAGAGCUUCCUCAAUGGUUUUCAUGGCUGUCAUACGUGUCUCACUUCAUAGCCUAUGGAUCUUCAGCUAUAAAUCCCAUUAUUUACGGCGGAUUUAAUCAAAACUUCAGACACGCAUUUCAGGGUCAUCAAUCAUUUGGCACUAAUAUGACAGCUAUUAAAACCAAUUGUAAUCAUAAAUUCUAAUGUAAUAAUGACUAGAAUUUAAUGCAUGC